AUGGCGUCUCAGCAGCCGCAACCAGGAGGGUCGAUGUCUCAGCAGCAGCAACAACAACAACAACAACAACAACAACAGCAACUGAGUCAACAGCAAGACUUUGACCCAGUUCAGAGAUUUAAGAUGCUUAUACCGCAGCUAAAGGAGAGCUUACAGAAUGUAAUGAGAAUCGCCUCCCUGAAUUUGGCAUAUAACACGACGAUUGACAACGGCAUAAAAACCAGUGACACUUCAGUGACACUUCAGCGCUUUGACAAAAGCCUGGAGGAGUUUUAUGCCCUUUGCGAUCAACUUGAGCUGUGUUUGCGACUAGCAUAUGAGUGCCUCUCACAGAGCAUCGACAGUGCCAAACACUCACCCAACCUGGUCCCAACAGCCACCAAGCCAGACACCGUCCAGACAGAGUCCAUGUCAUAUGCCCAGUACCUUGGCAUGAUCAAAUCUCAGAUCUCCUGUGCCAAAGAUAUCCACAACGCUUUGCUGGAGUGUUCUAAGAAGAUUGCAGGAAAGGGACAGCCUCAAGGAAUCAUAUAGAUAUGGACUGAUGGUUACAGCUCUUUAUGCACCAGGUGUUUUGUAAAAGGUGACAGAAUUGUAAAAUAUUUACUUCUCACUUUCAUGCUACAUUGGCCAUGAUGAUGAUUUAUGUCAGCAGGUCAAAAGGUCAUGUAUAUUUGGUGGAGCGUGAAGUUGUGUUUUUGCCCCCACUUUGUAAAUAAUUCUGACAGACGUUAUGUUGGAAGAUGACCAGCAGGUGGCGGCAGAAGCGCAGGUGAAGUCUUUUAUAACACGUUUGUAUUCGCUAAUAAAAUCUUUCUACUUAU